CCAAAAAAAACCUACUGAAAAAGCACCCACUACAAAGUACAAAUACAAAGAGUCAGAAGUCCAAACGAGACAAAGAAGAUGCUCAAGUGGGCCGUCAACCAGCCGAGACCCUCGUACUUGGCCAGGGAUGAGCUGAUGGCCACCAGCCACCAGGAGGCGGUGGGUUCCAGCUACAGCGAGUUCCACGCCCUGCGCGGCAAGCUGAAGAGGAAGUCGCUCGGUUUGACGCAGGGCAAGGAGAACCAGCUGACCUCCACUCCGCUGCCGAGCUCCCUGACCCUCGGCACCCGCACUCCACUGCUCAAGGACCUCAGCAACAUCCUGGCCACGCCACCACCGCCAUCAGGAGCAUCAGGAGUUCCAACAGCAGCAGCUGCUCCUCUCAAGUUCGCCUGCACCCUGCCCACCUUCGAGGCGGAGUACUCGCCCAAUGCCGCCGUCAUCCCUGGCUCCCUGAUCGCCCUGCGUGGCGUGGGCAUCCCGGACAGCUACUUCGAGAAGCCCCGCUAUCUGGAGCAGAAGCCUCUGCCCCAUCCCGCUGUUCCUGCCCCCGUUUCCGCACAGACCACUCUGAGCUCCAGCCAGAUGGGGGAUGUCACCCUGGAGCGCAUGAUCGAUGCCAUCCUGGAGAGCAACCGCAAGGGGCAUCUGCGCCAGCCCAGGCAGCAUCUCCGCCAGCGGCACAGGCAACAGGUGCUCCGGAGCAGCCACAGCCAGUCAGCCAUCCAGACCCACUCGCCCACCUAUCGACCUGCCUUCGAUCCGGCCAGCGAUCUGUGCGAGUACUGGAAGUCGCCCUCGCGCAGGGACUCCCUUCCCGCCGAUGGCUUCGAGGAGCGGGAGGUGUGCUCCCCCGCCUCCAAUCUGAAUCCCCAUCCCAAUCCCAGCCAGAGCCUGGGAAAGAGACACUCCCUGCAGCUGCGCAGGCAGCGGGUGGUGCGGCGCAAGCGCAAGAUCACCACCAAGAUCUCCUCCAGCGUCAGGCAGUCGGCGCAGAAGCUGCUGGCGGCGGCCAGGUCGGGAUCCGGAGUGCCCAGCCACCGGAGCAGCCAGAAGAGGCGCCACAUCAGCCCGGACAGCGGGCACAACUCCACCAGCGACUGCGAACUGGAGGAGGAGGAGCACUGCCAGCUGAAUCGGGGACUGGGCGGCGAGGAGCUGGAGGAGGCCUGCCAGCUGGACGCCAUGUGGCUGCAGGUGCAGGCCAGGGAUGCCACCAAGAGACGACUCAGCUUCUCCCUGGCGGAACAGAGCUAAUCCUCAAGGAUAUUCCUACUUUUUUUUUACAACACAC